AUGUCUAUGCCACCAACCUUUGGAUUUACCCAAGAGCAGGUUGCUUGCGUCUGUGAGGUCCUUCAGCAAGGUGGAAGUAUCGAACGUCUCGGGCGCUUUUUGUGGUCCUUGCCUGCUUGUGAGCACCUCCACAAAAACGAGAGUGUUUUGAAAGCCAAAGCCGUGGUUGCUUUUCACCGAGGCAACUUCAGGGAACUCUACAAAGUUUUAGAGAGCCACCAGUUUUCUCCGCAUAACCACCCUAAACUGCAACAGCUCUGGCUGAAAGCUCACUACAUCGAAGCGGAGAAACUGCGUGGCCGCCCUCUGGGUGCCGUGGGAAAAUACCGCGUGCGCAGAAAGUUCCCUCUACCUCGCACCAUCUGGGAUGGAGAGGAGACGAGUUAUUGUUUCAAGGAGAAGAGCCGGUGUGUGCUUAAAGAGUGGUACACUCACAACCCGUACCCUUCCCCAAGAGAGAAGAGAGAACUGGCCGAGGCCACUGGCCUCACCACGACGCAGGUCAGCAACUGGUUCAAGAACAGGAGGCAGAGGGACCGUGCCGCAGAAGCAAAAGAAAGGGAAAACGAGGGCGCAAAUCCAAACGGCAACAAUUCACUGACCUCUCACGUGAACGAAAAUAAAUCUCUAUGUGAAAGUUCAGAGGACGACAAAUCUCCCGCGGCGACCCCGGAUCACACUUCCAUGAGCCCAGGCAUCCUCUUGCCCUCCAGUUCAGGUCUGCCACCCCUGCACAGCUUUGCUCCACCCGGCCCCAGCGUCUCCAUCAUCCCCGUCAGCGGCUCAAACACUCAUCACCACUUCUCCAUGCACGACGGCCUUCUCAACCCCAUGACGGCAAGCCUGGUGGAACUUGGAUCAUAAGAAAUGAAACUCAUGAUCUUUGACUUUUACCCCCCAAAUAACUAGCUUCGUUAUCAUUAUUCAAGCCUAGAGGACAUUAGCCAAAAAUCCCCAAACUACCAGAUGACGGGAAAUAUCUGAUUGU